ACCGGCUGCCUUGCUCCCCAGCUCCUGCCGCCAUGCCCCGGGCCGUCCUGAGCGCCGUGCUCCUCCUGGCCGUCUCCGCGCCGGCUGCCUUGGCGGUGGACUUCCUUGUUCCCACCGGUGAAGGGGCGAGCGUCCAAGAGACAAAGGCCGUUUGCAUCAACAAUAUCAACCAGUGCUGGUUCCUCUCCUACAUCAAGCCAAGCGAGCCCGUCUGUGGCAGCGACCAGGUCACCUACAGCGGGGAAUGCCACCUCUGUGUCACCAUCCUAUAUAAAAAGGUUAACGUAACUAAACUGCAUGAUGGACCUUGCGUAAGUAAAGUCGCUUUUGUUUUUAAUUUUUAGGAGUAAACCAAAUCUAGUUCAGGGCUCACCGUAGUAAAGAAUUUUAAAUAUUUUGUUAUGGAAAAUCUCAGGCAUAGGUAGGAGAGCCAGUAACGUAUAAACUCAGAUGCCUGCAUGUGGACGCUACAAAGUGUGAGUGUUUGCACAUUCCUUCCUCGUCUCCUUUUUCUUUGCGGAAGUUUAUUAACCCAAACCUCAGACACAUGUUAUUUCACUCCUACAUACUUCAGAGUACAUCUCUGAGAAGU